UGCAAUUUCUGAACAACAGAGAACACGUCUGUCUGGAUUUAAAAAUGAUGGCAACCAAAAAGCACAGCUUCAGUAUAUGGCAGCAAAACUUCUACUCAAAGACACACCACUUAAUACUGAAGAAGAGUAUUUACUGGAGUUUUCGAUCUCUUGCAUAGUAAACUAUAUUCACCCUUCUCUUACAAAAUUUUAUGAAAGCACAUUUUUGUAUUCUGAUAGUACUGCCUACGAACUUCAAGGUGGCUUAACUAUUGAAGAAGAAACUCUAUUUAAUGAAAUUGUUGCCAAAACAGAUAUUGAUGAAGCUAUUUCAUGUAUCCAAAAAAUGAAGUACAGGUUGACCAAGAAAAAAAAAGAAGUUGUAGAAAGUAUAUCAUGUUGUCUCUGAUGGAAAAAGUGUUGGAGGAUAUGGAACUGUGGGAUAACGAAGAAAAAGAACAAGAAAUCACUUUCUAUCGAAGAACAGCAAGUUUGUUGGACGUAUUGUUUAAGAAUACUGAUGUAAUGCUAACAGAUGGAGAGACAGCCAGCUACUCAUCAAAAACUGCUUUGGAAAUGAACAAAUGUAUCUUCGGUAAUGCUGAUAGCCCCAUCACUACCACCUACCCACGCAAAAUUGACCUUCUUCUUAAGUAUGACCGUGAUGAAAGGGUUGAACUAUCUUCUAAUGAAUGGAAAAGAGCUUGUAUUUCUCCUAGCAUUGCUCUUUCUCAACAAAUAAAUAACUUGAAGGUUAAUGCUACCAUAAUCAACAAAAAUCAGUCUGUAUAUUCUUCUACUUUUAACCAGUCUCUCGCGAUUGAUUUUGUUGGGCUUACGGGCUACGGCUAUAUACUUGAAAAGCUGAAUGAUGUGUUUUUUGCAAAAACGAUUUGUUUGCUUAUUUUACCAAAAGACUUUGACACUUUCUCGGCGUUCAAGAAUACUCUCAAUUUCUUCUUUACAUUGAAGGAAUUUUAUUGUCAAAAAACUAUUGAGCUAAAAGAGAUUGUUAGUACAAGACGAGCCUUGUCUCGAAUAAGUUCAAUCGUCAAUGUUUCAUGUGAAGAAGACGCCAGCGCCAAGACCAACCUUAUUUUUUUUAAGCAAAGCAGAAAAAGAAAAAGGCCUGAUUCAAAAGACGAAGAUGAAGAAGCAGCAUAAAUAUGAAAACCUAUAUCAAAUAUAACUUAACAAUAUAUCAUAUAAAGUAUAGUCACCAAUUAGCAAUAAAAAAGCAAUGUAUUUCAAGAAGCCAUUAGUUAUGAGAUGUUAUUAAGUGAAUUUUGAAAAAUGUUUAUGAGUUUAGAGUCAAUAA